AGAGAUUCCUCCCGCUCUGUUUUUUCUCAUCAUGAAGUCGUGUGCACAAACGUCUUUGUAAUCAUCUACUGCGUGCCGCGUGACAGGCGCAGUUUGCACUCGUCCCUGUUGUUCCCAAAACGCUUUAAAAGCACCGCCCAUCUUCCAGAGCUCACAACACGCUCUCAUCUGAGACCAGAGACACAGCACCUGCGCACGAGGACCAGAGUCAUCACCUGAGAACAUGGACCCUUGCGACUGCUGUAAGAGUGGAUCCUGCAACUGCGGAGGAUCCUGCACUUGCACAAACUGUUCCUGCACCAGCUGCAAGAAGAGCUGCUGCUCAUGUUGCCCAACCGGCUGCCCAAAAUGCGCCUCUGGCUGCGUGUGCAAAGGGAAGACUUGUGACACAAGCUGCUGUCAGUGAAGAGCCUGACCUCAGCCCUCUUCUGCUCUUGGGAUGGCGCCUUUGUGAACUACAAUUUGACGUUUGCAAAUGUCUAAAGAAUACUGAAUUUUUGACUUGUUUAAUGUUGAAAUAAAUGAAUUUCCUUGACAA